AUGGAUGAAAAUAAAAGAAAUUUUCAGCUAAGCAACAUAAAGAAUUGCAUUAGUUUUGUGAAGAGAAAACUAAAUGAGCAAAAAUACAAAGAUUUAUCACAAGAAAUUCUUGAAGAAAUCGACGAUUUAUUCAAUUUUAUUAACCAAGAAGAUGAAGCUACUUCAAAUAUCGAAUAUUCAUUUGUUUUAACUAUCAAACAGAAGCUGCUUGGCAUUAACAGUCGUAUUAUUACAAAAUUUUAUCAAAAUGAAAUUUCUGAAAAUGAUCCAAUGUAUACACUAGAAGUACCUAUCUUUUCAUUAAAAAAUAAUCAUGAAAUGUAUAUUAAUGCUUUCUACAUUUAUCUUCGUAACUCUUAUGAAUCUUUGAAUAACAUCAUGAAAAACACCUGCGAAGUUGUUCCAAGAGAUGUCACUUAUACAAUCAAGUAUCUUGAUAUUAUCCCGAAUGACUUAUUCUCACAACAAACACAACUUCCAUAUGAAGAAACAAAUAAAAUCGUUGAAGAAAAUAAAGAAGAAACAAAGAUAAUUGUUGAAGAAGAAAAAGAAGAGAAUCAAAAAGAAAAAGUAUCAAAUGGACCAAGAAAUAGAAGACCUCCAACACGAAGGCCAAGAAGAAAUAAUUAUCAGGGCUGUGUUGAUGAAAAAACAGAGGAAGAAGUGAAACAAGAACCACCUCAUGAAGAGAAAGCUAAAAGUUCUUAUAGUAAAGAAAAUAUUAGGGCACAACGUUCACAAGAAUCUGCAACAGCUAAAAUGGCCAUGGAAAUGCUUUCACAAAUGAAGAAGAAGAAAGAAGAAGCAAAGAAGAAACAACAACAACAGCAAGAAGAGAUAAAUAAGAAACAAGAAGAAGAAGAAGAGAUAAAGAAACAAGAAGAAGAAGAGAUAAAGAAACAAGAAGAAGAAGAGAUAAAGAAACAGAGAAAAGAACCGGUUUUCGACAAAAAAUGGUUUCCAAAGAGGGCAGAAUCACAAACAAUUACUUACUCAAUGCCAGAUGAUUCAGAGUUAAAUCAAGAUGAUUCACAAAUCGAAAUAAAUGAAUCAGAAAAGAAUCAAGAGGGAACUGAAAAAGAAUUUGGCAGAAUCACAGAAGAGCAACAACAACAAAUGCUGAUGGAAGUAGAUGAAAUAAACAAACAAGCAGAAGAGAUUGUUAACAAUAUGAACGAUAUAGAUGAACAAAUUGAAUAUUUAAAGAGAAUGGAUCAAGAACAAAAGCGAAAAGAACAAGAAGCGAUCGAUAAACAUCUUUCUGAUUUAUCGAAGCAAGAAAUUGUUGAUACAGAACAGAUAGAAGUAGAUGAAAUAAGCAAACAAUUAGAAGAUAUUGUUAACAAUAUGAACGAUAUAGAUGAACAAAUCGAAUAUUUAAAGAGACAAGAAGAAGAACAAAAGAGAAAAGAACAACUACAUAAAAUUGCUUUAGAGAGAAAGAAACAACCUCUUCUCAAAGAAACAAUUCAAAAAAUUGUUAUCAGAAAACUUAAUGAAGAAAAUAGAAAAACUAUUGAUUCUGUAAAUAAGUUAAGAACAGACAUCGGAGAUCUUGUUGAAAUGUCACAAUAUCUUGCAAAUGUUUGCCUUGAAGUUGCAAAAAUUUCAAACGAACCAUUUGACAAAGAUAAAGAUGACUUCCGAGGAUUUUUGAAUUCCAUCUGCGCCAAAAUGUUUACGUAA